CCAACAGUUGGUUCCGUGAAUCGGUCGUCGAGAGUGCCGGCGCGAAAAUUUUGAUUUAGUUUUUUUUCGAAAUGAGCGAGAGCUCGAUGCGAGUCGCGAUGUGACGGCCAGUGAUCCGGCGAUUGUGGUUCAAACCACAAAUACUAAAACCCGACCAGUAACAAUGAACAAAUCGCGCCCGACCUGAAAAUUAAAAACCGCCCGGCAAUUUUCAUCCGCGCUCGCACAAACUCAAAACCCGCACGGAAAAUUUCGGAAAAAUGUUCGCCCGGUCAGCGUUUCCCAACGAUGCGAACGCGGGGGGUUAGUGCGGCCUGCGGGGGGCCGAUCCGCCAAUGCUUUCUUUAGUGAUGUUUCGCGACAUGAAUCGAAGCGAGCAAGAGAUUUUGUACCGAACUUCGAGGAAAUUGAGUCUCGUGCCCAUCAGUCAAUCCACGUCAAUCGAAAGGAGGGCUUCGGCUGUUAAAGAGGACGCGCCGCAAUCCUACAAUAACGAAGGCGCUUACAGAAGGCAUUCCUACAAGCAAGAGGAAGACUUUUGCCCUAUCCUGACGGAGGAUUUGCAGCGCAGUUCGAGCCCUCCCAACUUUUCCGAGGACUUAGUCCUAAGCGUGCUGAAAAGUCCCGUAAACCACUCGGUUUAUGAAAUACGAGAGUCUAAUUGCGGUUGUUCCUCAAACGAGGAAUAUUGUGGGGAUGCCAACACCGAAAGGGAUGACGACAGGUGCAAGCACACGGGCAGCGAGGACGAGGAUUACUGCGAGAAGCUGCCCUUCCUGCAUCGCCUGCGCGGUCCUCGCACGCCUCGCCUCAGCGAGUCCCACCACCGGCGAGUACCGACGCCCAUCAAGAGAUCGAGGAAGAAGGAGAAAAAGGAAAAAAUCCUGGCCGACCAGGAGGUCGACGAAGAAGUGGACGAAGUCGACGAUAUCGUCGAUCCGCCCUUAGACGCCCCCAGGGGUGUUCCCGACCCCUAUUAUCCGAUUUACUUGCCCAUCGAUCAAGCGUUUAAGACCAAAUACGUGUUUCACCACAAAAAGGGCAAGACGUGCCAGGAAAGGACUUACGUUUUCUUGGAACACCCCGGAGGGUGGCUGUGUUUUAUUUAUCAUUUUUCUGUAUUCAUGUUGGUGCUCGUCUGUUUAAUAUUCAGCGUACUUUCAACAAUCGAUACGUAUUCCAAUUUUGCCAACGAAACGUUAUUUUGGAUGGAAAUAUGUUUAGUUGUUUUUUUCGGAGUCGAAUAUUUAGUGCGACUGUGGUCUGCGGGGUGCAGGUCGAAAUAUAUGGGCUUCUGGGGUCGCCUUAGAUUCAUCAGGAAGCCUAUUUGUAUUAUAGAUUUAAUAGUGGUAGUAGCGUCAAUUGUAGUACUUACAUUGGGUUCCAAUGGACAAGUUUUCGCAACAUCGGCAAUCCGAGGGAUUCGAUUUUUGCAAAUCCUUCGGAUGCUGCACGUCGAUCGCCAAGGCGGUACUUGGAGGCUCUUGGGCUCCGUGGUUUUCAUUCACCGACAGGAAUUAAUAACGACCCUGUACAUCGGCUUCCUCGGGCUCAUUUUCAGCAGUUACUUCGUCUAUUUGGCGGAGAAGGACACCGUCGAAGAGGAGGGAGGGAAGAACACCGGCAGCUUCUCCAGCUACGCGGACGCUCUCUGGUGGGGCGUCAUCACGGUAACCACGAUAGGCUACGGCGAUACGGUUCCCAGGACGUGGAUGGGGAAAAUUGUGGCGUCUUGUUUCAGCGUGUUCGCCAUUUCUUUCUUUGCUCUUCCAGCCGGCAUAUUAGGAUCCGGCUUUGCACUUAAAGUCCAACAAAAGCAACGUCAAAAGCACUUCAAUCGGCAAAUUCCCGCCGCCGCCAUGUUGAUCCAAUGCCUUUGGAGGUGUUACGCGGCGGACAAAAGCUUUAAUUCAACCGCCACCUGGCAGGUGUAUCUCAGCGACGCGAACGGCGGUCCCGUGGUCAACAGCAAUUCCACCGGAGGCGGCGCCAGCAACUCCAGCAUGCCCUUAUCAAAGUCCCUAAUAUUGCAGGUGGCGAAAAAGGCGUCGGUGCUGAAGCGCAGGAAAUCCCAGAACCGGAUGGACGGCGCGCGAUCAAGGACGGAAGUUAACACGCCGGGGCCGGGCACGCCGCUGACGGACACUCCGGUCGGGCCCUCCUCCAAAGCUCUCUCCGAUACGGACGUUAUGCUCUACAUGGACGACACGAAAACAGGAACUCCGCCGCCAUCGACGAGGCUACGAAGGGGCGAAAGGGAAAGCGUCAGAGGAGCAGUAUUCACCAGCCAAACGAGCACCGUUACCGAAGCAGCCAGCGACGACAUCGACGACAUGGACGCCGAGCUUCCCAGAGUUACGCAAUUAACGGAGGCCCACAAAAACGCCAUACGGGCGAUAAGGAAAAUCAAAUACUUCGUCGCCCGGCGGAAGUUUCAACAGGCGAGGAAACCGUACGAUGUGCGCGAUGUCAUCGAACAAUACAGUCAGGGCCAUCUCAACAUGAUGGUCCGAAUAAAGGAACUCCAACGAAGGCUUGAUCAAACACUGGGCAAACCAGGAAGUUAUUUAGCAGGAAUAGAUCGUGUAGGAAACGUGAAACCAAUGACAGUUGGUGCAAGAUUAUACAGGGUAGAGCAACAGCUGGGAACAAUGGAUAAAAAACUAGACGCCAUAGCUAACGUCAUAAGUGUAUUAGCACAAAAACAACAUAUAGCUAUAAGAUCUUCAGAUGAUAAUCUCUGAGCACACAUUUGAUUUACUGUACAAAGGACCAUAUCGAAUGUAGUACAUACAUUACAGUAGAUACACUACAUACCGAUGCAUAUUUUUAUGAAAUUUAAUAAAUUAGAUGCAGUUUGAAUCUGAAGAUGGCGUAAUGAUUGAAAAGAAGAAAUAUUUUUUGUCGAAAUAUUCGUAUCUCCUGCAUAUAUUUUUAAAUAGUUGGUAUUAGAGUUUGCUCUGGGAGACGCUUUUUGAGAAACAAGACUUUUCAAAAUUCCUAUAAUACAUUAUUUUUCCUAUUCAUUUCAUGGUAAUACAAGAAGCCAAGUUUAUUCUGUAACUUUGUAGAUCAUCAUAAUUGAAAAACAAAACUCUAAAACAAAAUACCCACUAAAUAAACUAGGUUUGGAGUGCUAAUUACAUAUAAUUUAGGAGCUUAAAAAUUAAUUGCUUCAAUACAUGACAUGUAGAUUUUGUUUACGCAUUAAUCAGUUUGUUUAAUCAAAAAGUAUGAGAGCAAACAUAUUUUGUAAUAUAUCAAAUUGCAUGCAUUCACAUAUCAGUCAAAUUUAUCUUUCCAUUAUCUCUUAUAAAAGCAAUUGAAUAAAUUUUAACAUUAUAAGUCAAUAUGUAUUUAAAAGCACCCUAAUAUUGGGUGUACGUAUUGGGCACAUAAUUAUGUAAAGUAUUUUAUAUCUAACUAAUAAUAUUUCUACACACGUUUGUUUAGACUGUGCCUAUAUCUAUAAUUAUAGAUCUAUAACUGAAAUAUAUCAAACGAAUAUAAUUGGUGAUUUAAAGGGCAUCUGUCUCAGUUAAACUGGUAACUGCAAAUUAAGAUGAUAUUUGUUGUUUGAACUAUCAUCAUUAAAAUAAAAAAAAUAAGUUUCUAAUAAAUUGUGCAACAGUAUUUUAACUGAGGCAGGAAUUGCAGUAAUUGCAAUUAAAGCAGCUAAUAACCCUUUGUAAUAUUUUCUUUAGGUUAACUAGAAUAGGUAGUUGAUCGGACAAUCCGUAUUUUUCUUAGAAUUUAUAUUACGAAUUUUAGAUAUUAUAAAUAGUUAAUUAGGAUUAUAGUUAGAUCUCUUUAUAUUCUGCAUUUUAUUUUCUACUGGAAAAUUCAUGAAAUUUAUAAAAUAACAAAAUGAAAUUGAAACUUAAUUAACCGCUUAAAGAUAAAUUAAAUUGGUAGUUUCAAUAUUUUAUAAAUUUUAUCCUAUUUAAAAACAUUUGUAGUAACUAAGUUAUAAAAUCUGUGUAAUAUCAAACGAAUUGUUUUUUCGGUGUAGGUAUCUACAAUAGUAGAUAUUACACUGAAUUUAUGUUACAAAAAAUUGAAUGUUUCUAGAUUGAGUGCCUCUAAAACUGUGAUUUCGUCUCAUAUCUUCACGUGUUUCUAACCGAAUUAAACAUUGACAGCAUUUGGAUUUUUAAGAGGACCAAAGAUAACAAAAUCUGAAUGUAAAACCGCUAAUUUUGUCGAUGAAAUUGAUACAACUCAUCAACUUUAUUUCGAGUUUAUAGAUUUUACAAGUCCCGUCGUUCACCACAAGAAUUUAUGACGACUCGAUAAGGCAAAUCUACCCACUUUUUUUACAUACAUAUUUCCUAUUAAUUUUCUGUAAUACUUACCAAUACUGUUUUUAAUCGAGCUAACGUCAAUUUCGACUAUAAAAGCACAUUGGCAUUUAUCGACUGUUUAACCGAAUCAUUUUGAACUAUUACGAUAAUUAUUAAUAAAAAAUAUAAGCAAUAAUAUUGUGUCGUGUUGUCUCGCCGAAAACUUCGUUUAAUUUCUUCGUGAAUUAUAUCUGUGUCUGUAUAUAAACAAAUUUGUACAAAAAGAAUUAUACACGAGUACCUAUCACAUCCUUUUAAUCGAUCUCAUACCGCUGAAGUUAAUAUUUUUAUUUAUUCCCAUAUAAAUACAAAAUUUUUGACACUUGUAAUUGUCCAAACCGAUGGAUAAGAGUAUUAACUUUGUUGGGCCUGUUAUACUGUUUGUUGUUAUUCCUUGUUUUUGUUACGUUAAAACUUCUACACUUUUUUGUUGUUGCCGUUAUGGUUGUUAAAACGUGGAUUUACAACAAUUUAAAGCAGAUUUUGAGCUAUUAUUCGAACCCUGCUGGAAAUUUUGAGUAACCGCAACAACUAAAAAAAGUUAUCUACUCUAAACUCUACCGUAGAUGCCUCCUUUUAGAAUUAAAAUAUUUUCCAUAUUAAGCUUUAUAAGCUUUUUAGAUUAGUCUAUUUCGAUUGUGAUAAGGUUGUGGCAACGUUUGAAGUGUAGGUACCUAUUUAAUUUUUAAAGAUUUAUUGUUUAUUUAACAUUAAGUACCUAAAUAAAUACUUACGAUAGAAACAGGCAACUCAACGAGAAUAUUUGGGAAAAUUAAAGCACUACAUUAAUCACAAUAUCAUUUGAUGAUAAGUGCUCUUUACAUUCCUGUUUGAUCUCACAAUAUUGAACAAUAGAAACAGUACCAAGUAGUAAAUAGUUAAUUUAAUUUUUCCCAAAUAUCUCCAUUUUAUGGUAACCAGUUAAUUGUGUGUAAAUAUAAUUUAAUAUAGUUUAAUGUUGACUUUUUGGGCCUAAAUCUGGACAUAUACAUAGACAAUAACUUCGCAACGUUGGCACAUCUUCGAACUCUAGUGAUUCGUUUGAUUGUGAUAGCACUGUUUUCAUUUCACGAAUUGAAUUUUAUUAUAAUACAUAUGUAAGUAUAAGUUUAUUGUAUAUAAAAAUUAACUAGUCAUGCUCACAAAGUUCGUGAUUUAUACGGUUAUUAUUAUCAUUAUUAUCGUCUACUGGAUACAGGAUGUCCUAAUUUUUUUUAACAAGUUUUGUAAAUCAAUAUGUGGAAUUUGAAUAUAAUUGUCGAUUUUAGUAACAAGAUAAUUCAAUGCGAAUUCGCGUUAGAUAAAUAUGCUAAGCGCAAAAUAAAAUUUGUUUCAAAAAAGGUGACACCCAGUAUAAAUUACCAAAUAAAUUAUACAUGUAGCAUAAAAUAUAAACCUUUGAAAAAUAUUCGAUUAAAUUUGUUGUCGUCUAUUAUAUAGAAAAAUAUCAUUAGAUUUUCCUUGGUGCAAUAUAAAUUAUUCGUAGAUGUGUAAUUGCUUAUAAAACAUUAAACAAUAUCCACGCC